CUAAAUAUUUUUUAUCCUCUCCCGCCGCCCUCUUUAUGGAGAAUAAAAUGGUAGGGAUGACAGGAUCAUAACUCGAUAUGGUUUUAUUCUAUUCAUCGUAUCGCGUCCGUCAAAUUCAGGCGUUGGUACAUUAUAUUGGGUGGCAACUUUUUGGUACAUGGCCUCAGAGGUUAUGUUCUUUUUUGAUUUUUUGUGGCUUCUUUUCAUUCUUUUUUGGCACCUAUGGUUGUGAUCAGAGGUAUUUAGCCCCCGAAAGGGAUUGAGAUUUUAGGUCUUUUGGAAAUCCGAUACACAUUCAUGAUCCUCAAGUUUGGACGAACUCUCGACCAAUGUUGUAUAGAUUAGGACUUUUUAGUGAGAAAUUCUUAGUAAAGAUACUUCAUUAUUGGAUCAAUUUAUUCAUCCAUAUUGAAACUUGACACACACCGUAGCCCUCGUGAUAAUUAAAUUCUAUAAUCUCGACUCAUUUCCAUUUUGGAUGUUAGUUUUUUUUUCAAGACACUUAAAUUUAGUAUAUUAUACAAUAUGUAUCAAUUGUUAAUUUUUGAAGUUUAGAUGAAACUUCAACCCAUGGUCAUUGUUUAUAUGUUGGCUUAAAAUCUCAAUCUAAGACAUUCGCACACACUAUCGAGGAUUUUGGUCUUAACAUGGUCGUUGAAUGUGUAAUUUUCAAAUAUUUUAUCACUUAUAUAUUCAUAUUUGAUAAAGAGUGUCUACAAUACACACAUAUUUCAAGUGCAUUUAAAAAGUCUUAUCAUUUGAACAAUAUCGUUGGAUUUCAUUUGAUUAUUUGCAUUAACUUAUUAUCUAUACAACAUAUAUCAAUUCGUGUUUCUCGAGUUUUGACGAACUGACAACCAAUUUUGAGAGUUGAGAUUAUUGGAUAAAGAUACUUGAUUGCUGGAUAAAUAUGUUUAUCCCAAUUGACUAUCUUACUAAAAAUUGACAACCUUUAUUUGGUAAAUGUCUAGGUUAGUAGUUGAUGAAACGCGAUGUUUUUCGUAGAUUCUUAACAAAGAUUCUCUAACCUUCCUUUAUGUUAUUUUUCAAGAAAUCUUGUGUCUCAUCAUAGGGUAUGAAAUCAAAGUUUGUCAACAAUCAUAAUUAAGUCAUUUUGAAAAUUUUGAUUUAUAAUCGUUGACGAUAACUCCAAGUCUAAAAAAAAUUCUAAGCAUACGACUUAGGACCUUAAUAGAGCUUGCUCAAUCAACAUGAUAUAGAAUAAAUAUUAUUAAUGUGAACUUAGAACACAUUAUAAAUUAUUGCACAUGCAAUUUCUCUUCAUUUGAGGAGUUUAAGGUAGAAAAUGAUCUGAGCAAUAAGAAGUCUUUUUGAAAUAAAUAACUAUAACUACUCGAUCAAGAUUAUACUCUGACAUUUUGCUAAAUAAUAAUUUUUUUAUUUUAUAGACAUAUAAUUUACGAAUAAGAGAGUGUUUCAUUGCAACAAAAUAUACUGUAAUAUAGUUUAUUUUUCAUAGGUAAUUGAAUGUCAAAUGUUUAUUUUCUCUCUUUUCAUAUAAAUUCUGUUUAAUCGAAAAAACGUUAUUGUUUAUGUGUAUGUUUGUUUAAUUUUUUCAUCAAAAUGUAACUUAUCAUUCCAUUUUAGUAACAAUGAGUAAAAGUUUUUACUUCGUAAGGUUUAAUUAGAUAUUUUUUUAUUUAAACAAAUGUGGUAUAUGUUACUUUCUGUUUCUGAUUUAUUAUUUUUUUUACUGGACAAAAAAAUUAUUAUUUAUGUGUGUUUGGUUAAGUUUAUCAACAUGUAACUUAUUAUUAAAGAAAAAAAAUGGAUAAAAGAAAUGGAAUAUUAAAGAAGAGAGAGGUAGCUCCAUAAAUACAUUAAUAACUAAUUUUUUUGUUUGUCAAAAAGUUGUCCAACUUGACAAAUUAUAGAUCCUCCAUGUACUUAUGUGGCAGAAGAUUGCUUUUGAAUUGUCAUAAUAUAUAGUACAGAUAGAUAGAUAUCUCUAUCUUCAUCCUCAGUUUGUCUUCUUCUUCGCCUUCGCAAUGAAGAAUCCUCCUAGUUUUAUACCAUUCAGACAUAUAACUUUGUUUAUGUUAAUAGUGUUCGUGUUAAUUUUUGUAAGAUAACAAUGAUUAUUAGCCCCAAAAAAUUAAAAAGAAAACUUCGAAACAAUAUAUGUGUUUAUAUCGUCAACUUGGACAAGGAUCAUACAAAUCAUACGUCCACCGUUUAAAAUAUAGUCAAAUUAAGGCUUACCACGUGGACCAUCAUGGAAGAUAGAUUAGAGAUGAGCUUCUCGAUCUGCAAAACCAAGACGACGAGUAUACUUAGAAAAUUUUAAUUCUUACGCAUAUAGAUGUUUUCGGUUCAAGGGUUGGAUUGGGGUGUGUAUGCACAAAGUUGGUAUUGUUUGAUCAAGGCGCGACCUAAUUAAAUUAGACUAUAUAUAUAUAUAUAUUUUAAACUUUAAUUAUCGAUAUUUAUUUAAUAUGAUAAUAUAGUCUACAAUUAUAGGUAUACCAUACAUUUUCAUUCAUAAAAAUUUCACAAAUUAUUUAGUUAUUGCUUACACUCAUCUGCACACACUCUUUUUUAUUUAGUUCUUGCUCCACACAGUAGCUCAAGCUCAUGCUCAUCUGCUUCAGGAGAAAUCCACUCAUCAUCUUCUCCGCAGAACAGUGUUGACAAAACCCGAAGUCCCAUUAUUCGGAGCCCCGGAAAUCCCGAGGAUCGAAAUAACCACAUUAUACAGCUCCACAUUCUCAAACAAAGGCACCACCACUCCCUUCCCGAACUUCGGCCCUCUCCCGACAAAAAUCGUCCUCAUCGAAAACGCCGCGUUAAGAUUAUAUCACCCUUUUUUUUUAAAAAUGCAGUUGAAGCAAAUUUAGUUGUUUUAAUGGUGUUUCCCAUAAUGAUAUUUUUAUAUUGUUAGAUUCCCAAUUACAACUAUAUCCAAAUUUUCACGACGUACAUUCAUCCCCCGAUAAUUGUGGAAAAUUCUUAGCUCCAAUCUUGGUUGGACGCAAAAGCUCCAAUCAUCCAAGGUGUCAGUUUGUUAUUGGAUGAUUCACCUUCCUUUUUUCUUGAUAUUUAAUUAUGCUAAGUAAAUCAAGAAUUAAAAUAUUAAAAAAUGAUGAAAUCACAAAUAUAAAACUGACACGUGGCUGGUUGGAGCUUCUGCGUCCAAACAAAGUUUUUUGCGUCCAAUCAAGGUUGGAUCUAAAUAUUUUUCGAUAAUUUUUGUCUCGUAUUAGCUCAUCCUUGACAAAAAAAAAAAAGCCAAGAUCCUCGAAAAGACAAACUACAUAAGCAGCUACUACAGCUAGGGGUGGGCACGUGGGUGGUUAAUCCGCGGAUUGAUAUCGAUCCACCCGCAAAUAACCCGACCCGCACGGAGUGGGUGAUUGAUGUGGGUGGAUUGCGAAUUGGUAAAUCUCUCACCCGCACUUAUGUGGGUGGGUGGUGGGUGGAUUGCGGGUCACCCAUAUGACCCACAUCCUAUUUUUACAUGAAAAAAUGUCGUUUCUUAUAGUAUCAUAUUUUCAUCAUAUUUUCGAACUGCACUACAGUCUGACCAUAUACUUCAAAAAGUGGAGAAUCAAUAAUAGUUUUGACUACUAUUAUUGGUCAUUGUGUUGUGCAAUAUUAGAUAUUAGUAUGCAGAUUAUUGUUAAUAACCAUUAAAUAUUAGGAUAAAAACUAUACAUUAUUAAUUGUAUCAAAAUCAUAAAUUAUUGAUACAGUCUUACUAAUUUGCUAUGAACUUAUUAUAAAUGUUAGUCAACUUUCUUAAUUGCUAGUUGGAGAAUUGCUUUUGCGGGUCGACUCGCAACCCAACCGCACCCAUCCGCCACCCACCCAACCCAACCCGCAGAAGUAUGUGGGUGGAUUGCGGGUCACAAUUAUUCCAACCCACUAGUAAACGGGUGGGUCAAUUUGAGAUCAAAACCCACCCAACCCACCCGUUGCCCACCCCUAACUACAGCAGUACAAUCAUACAAACUAUACAGAGUUACCAAGGCACCACUCUCAAACACUUCGUACAAAAUAAAAACUCUAAAAAAACUAAAAAUAGCUAACUAGAGAUUCCUGAAACUCAGAGUUGCACAUACACUUAAGCUGCAGUUCUUGCUUGAUUUGGCAGAAGACCUCCUAUGCUACCUACCCUGCUUGUCUUCUGGAAAAUCCCUUUACAAUUUACAUCGAUCUUUCCUUCCACGCCACUGCUAUGUAUCAACUCCACAGAACUCCAAUCAUGCUGCUAUUCUUGUUUAAUCUGCAGAGAGUGUCUACCAUUUCAUCCCAUUGAUUAGGCCACAUCGUAGUCAAGAUAAUUUUCUUCAGAAUUACACGCGUAAAUAAGCACUGACAAAAAAGGUGUUCUCUAGUCUCCGAGGCUUGCUGGCAAAAAGGCCGCAGAGGUCACAAUCAACAUAGCCCCAUUCUUUUUAUUGGGAACAAAUAGUCUUUUGAUUAUGUUCAAAAGUACAAAACAGGUUAAUUAUGACUCUGUACUUAGGAACAACAAACUUUCCCCCAGAUCGCCUUGUCCCAUUCCACAUUUGGCUGCUUAGGUCUGAUAGUUUCCCAGAUCGUUUUAAUAGCAAGUUUCUGGCUUUUUGCAAUUUCUUGCCCUUCUCAGCUUACUGAACCAUUAUCUUCUUGUUGCAUUCGGAAUUGAAACCAUGUCAUCAUCUUUAACAGCUUCCUCCAUAGCCAAUAACCAGAUUGUCAGUCAAUCAUUUCCCAGGUCGUACGCCUCUUCGAUCAGCUAGUUUCUGCAUAUCCAUGCUACCCAGAAGGAUCCUCCUUGCAUCAACAAUGCUUCAACAACCGUACAUUCAUUUGUAUAGUACAGGAGCAUCAUUAAAUCAAGCUAUAUAAAAAUAUUAUAUAAUUUUAUUUCUAGUGGCUAUUUUUUCAUGAAAUCACAGUUAGUAUAUUCAAAAGUCAACUCCUUUAAUUAUUAGGUUUUAAAUCUCCAAGUCAACUGGUGCCUGCAUUUAUAGUUAUAUGGAACUGGUGCGUAUACACAGCACAAUAGCUAUUGGUUUAGUAUUAUAUGAUGCAUAGUUUAUGCCAUUCUGCAUUUAUAUGUGUCACUAGCUUCUAUUAUAUAACCAUAUAGGCCGGCCGGGCGGCCGGCUCCCUUGAUGUCAUGACAUCAUUCAUCGAUAGUCAACUCAAAUAUUUUCGAUAAUUUUUGUUUGUAACAACUAACAAGCAAGCACUUGAUAAUUGUUAUAAUGAAAGGUAGAAAGCUCCAAACUUGGGUAUCUCCACCAUAACCCCGCUCUGCUUCCCAUUUUUCUCGUUGUCCCAAUGGCAUCCAACAUCAUAUCACCACAAAACCAAGAAGCGUCUGCUUCCCACAACGUGGCCGUUAUCUUCGGAGUAACGGGAAUGGUCGGAAGGGAGAUAGCCAAGAAGCUGAUCUCCAACCCCGACUGGAAAGUCUACGGCGUCGCCCGAAGACCGGACCGGGUCCCGCUCCGGUCCAGUAGUACUGCCGAUGAUGACUACCACUUCAUACCCUGCGACCUUCUAAACCCGGUCGAAACCCGAGCCAAGCUGUCCGCGAUCCCCAACGCGACCCACUUGUUUUGGGUAACCUGGGCCAGCCAGCACCCUCACCGCACAAAACAGUGCUGCGACCAGAACCGAGCCAUGCUCUCCAACGCUCUCGAACCCAUCCUCCUCCGCUCCAACUCGCUCAAGCACGUCUCGCUUCAGACCGGGCUCGAUCAUUACCGUACGGCGAAAGGCAUUCUUCGCGGCCGCCCGUACGACGAGGACAGCCCCAGAGACACGGAAGGGUUUCUUUUCUACUACUCUCUGGAGGAUCUGUUGAAGGAGAAAUUAAUGUCGUUGGGAGGUAGAUCGGUGGCUUGGUCGGUUCUGCGGCCAGGGUUGGUGGUCGGGAAUUCGAGUAAGUCUAUCUACAACGUGAUUGGUGGGUUGGCCGUGUACGGGACCAUUUGCCGGAGGUUGGACCUGCCGUUUGUGUUCGGAGGGACGAGGGAAUGCUGGGAGGAGGAGUGCAUUGACGGGUCGGAUGCCCGGUUGGUUGCUGAUCAGCACAUCUGGGCGGCGACGGAUGAGAGGGUGCGAUCCACGACGGGCGGGCAGGCGUUGAACUCGGUCAACGGGUCGGGUUUCGCGUGGAGGGAGGUGUGGCCGGUUAUCGGGGAGAAGAUGGGGGUGGCGGUGCCGGAGGAGGCUCUGGCGCCGGAGGAGUUUAGGUAUGCGGCGGCGAUGGGCGGGAUGGAGGGGGUUUGGGAUGGGAUUGUGGCGGAGGAAGGGCUGGUGGCGACGGAGAUUGGGGAGCUGGCGAGCUGGGAGUUUUUGGAUCAGUUGUUCCGAAUGCCGAUCAAGCUGCUAGGGAGCCGGGAGAAGUCCGACCGGCUGGGUUUCACGACGAGGCGAGAAAUGGCUGAGUCAGUGUCGUUUUGGAUCGACUCCAUGAGGGAAGACAAGCUCAUUCCGUGAGAUAUUUGAGAUGAUGUACGACUGUUUCUUCUCGUGCUAUUUAAUACUUGUAUAGUACGUACUAAUCAUGUGGACUUAUCAUGUUUUUCAAAGGUUUUUGUUGUAAUGUAGUAUCAGUUGAGGAGCGUUCUUCUUUGUUUUUUUAGUCUUCUCUUUUUGUGUCGUUCUUGGUUUAAGUUUUCGUCUCAUCUUUGGGGUUUUUCUUAGUGUUUUUUCGUUGUUGUUGUCAGUUUUGUUUCUUUCCUUGCUCUUUUCAACUGUUGGUUGAAUUUUUUUCUUAUUUUCUUUUUGUUCGUCUCAAUAAAAUUUCCUCAUUUAU